UCGGUGGGAGGACAGGGAUGGCGCCGCCGCCGCUGCUGCUGCUGCUCCUGCCGCUGCUGGCGGCCGCCGCCGCCGCGUACCUGUGCUGCGUGCGGCGGCACACGGGCAGCGCGGGGGCCCUGCUGCUCCGCCGGGAGCCGCGCCGGGCCGGGGCGCCGAGCCUGCCCCGGGACACCUGGGCCCCGCGGCUGUGCGGCGCCGGGCUGCGCCUCUUCGUCCAUGUGGCCAACACGGCUUUUGGACAGUUCUGCUUAUUGCCAUUCUUAAUGAGACUGAACAACUUCUCGCUUAUGCGUUCACUUGACAUUCACGAAGAUCCCACGUUUAUCCCGGAGGUUGCUGCAGAGGUUGCAGGAGACAAGUCUGAGGCUAAAAGCACUUCAGAUGUUAUCAAGCAGCUGAUAGAUGCAAGGUCUGAUUCUGCUAGGAAUGGGUUUAGCUUCAAAGGGAUCAAAGAUUAUCUGGAGUGCUACCGGAGUGGGAAGCUGACACCGUCUCAGGUAGCCAAGAACAUCAUUGCCAUGCUGGAGGACUGCAACAAAUCCACCCCCCCGCUCAGAGCAAUAGUGCAAUGGGACCGGGAGCAAAUAAUGCUGAUGGCUGAGGCCUCCACUACUCGUUACAGGAAUAAAUGUACCCUGUCUUAUCUGGAUGGUAUCCCAGUGUGUCUGAAAGAAGAGUUCAAAGUGGUCCCUUACCAUCACCGAGUGGGAACAGUGUAUCUUGGGACAAAGCCAGAAACAGAAGAUGCUACUGUGGCCAAGAAGCUGCGAGAGGCUGGGGCUAUCAUUAUUGGGGUCUCAAACAUGCAUGAACUAGGGACUGGAACAACUGGAUGCAACCCUAAUAGGUACCACAAGAUCCCUAGGAAUCCCUACAAGCCUAACCACUUCACAGGCGGGAGCUCCAGUGGGUCAGCAGCAGCUGUGGCAGCAGGUCUCUGCCCGGUGGCUAUUGGCACAGAUGGAGGAGGCUCUGUGAGGAUUCCUGCUUCAUUCUGUGGUGUGGUGGGGCUGAAAGGUACAUUUGGGCGCAUCAGUGGUCAUGGCAGCUUGCCACUCUCCUACUCCACAGUCAGCGUAGGCCCUAUCUGUACAUCAGUGGCAGAUGCAGCCAUUGUUUACAGUAUCCUUGCUGAGCCAGAUCCACUCUAUCCAUAUGGACUAAAACAGCCCAAAGCAACCCUAUCUGAUAUGUGUGCUCCUGACCUGAAAGGCUUAAAUCUGGGAGUGGACUGGACAUUUUUUAAGGCAUGUGAUGCUGAAGUUCUGUCCAUCUGCAAGAAAGCUGUGGAGCACCUGCAGAGUUUGGGAGCCAGUGUGGUUGAAGUCUCUCUUCCAGAGAUGGAGGAAGCUCGAGUAGCACAUGUAAUCUGCAUUCUCAGUGAGAUGAGAGACUUCCUGCAACCUGACUUCAAUAAACAUUUCCAGGAAAUGAAUUUGGACACUCGGGCUAACCUGGCCUUGGCUUGCCAGUUCACAGCUCUGGAUUAUAUUACGGCAAAUCGGCAGAGAACUCGGAGCAUGGGAUUUUUGCGAGAGAUCUUCAGCACUGUCAACUGUAUCCUUACACCAGCUGUUCCUUGCACUGCCCCAAGAAUUUAUGAAUCUGACCUCUUGACUGGGAGCAGCGAUAUGUCCUUCACAGUACGGUCCAUGAGGUUCAUGCAGCUUGGUAACUUCACUGGGAUACCAGGCAUUGUGGUCCCCAUUGGAUAUUCUACUGCUGGGCUUCCUAUCAACCUCCAGGUCAUGGCAAAAUGGUGGGAUGAAGCUGUUCUUCUGAGGAUUGGCCUAAAGCUAGAGCAGUUCCGUUCCCAGACCAAAAAACCAUCCAUUUAUUACGACGUCCUUGCAUGAUAGAGUGACCAAGUUGGGGAUUAAGUCUUUUUUUUUCCCUAGUCUGACCUGACCAAAUAUUAAGAGUGGACUUGUUUUCAAUGUUCAUCUGAAAGGCUUAGUAGCAGGCUCAUUUGAGGAAUGGGGACUGAUCUAAGCAGGCACUAAUGCUGAGCAGACAUAAUUUCUGCUCCCUGCUUGUCGGAUGGCUUAGUUUAUACUGGCGAGACCAACUGUGCUAGUUCCUUGCUUUGUUUUUGCAGGGGAAGCUGCAACUAUCUUCUACAAUUUCUUCCCAUGUAGGGGUCCUGUGUACAGAUGGAAGACAAUUGUAUCUACAGGACUGCAUGCAGGUAGUUCAUACUACUGUACAUGGAGAGGUACAAUCUCUAGGCCUUAAACCUUCCAAUGGAACUUCUCCUGCUCCAGGAUAUAACAAAGGUCUUGUUUUUGAAGGGGAAGGGCACUGAAUAAUGCCUAGCUCUCUUGGAAUGAGGAGGCUCUUAACACACCUGCAAUCAGGCAGUGUUUGUUUUGGCCCUGUACUUAGUCCCUCAGAGCAAAGCAGAAAUCCCAUAGGUACAGAAGUGUCACUUUGCUUGUUCCUCAUGCUGCCAACACUGUGGGUGUGCUCACUGCCUGAGAGUCCUUCCUGCCUUCAGCCUUGCAUGGAAGGGAAGGAAAAAUCAGAGCAGGAACCCUCAUUAACUCUGCCCCAAAACCCUGUUUCAGGGUUCUGGCUUUCCUUUGCACAUCUCUAUUUCCCAAGCUAAGACCUGGAGAGUCUCUUUUCUCCCACUAGUUGCUUGAGUAUAAGCCUACUAUCAUUUAGAUGUCCAAACGGAAGAAACUACUUGAUAAUGCAGAGAAAAUACUGUUCUAAGAGUGCUGAGGCAGCUAUUAGAAACAGCUGAAAUUUGUAGGAAAUGCUACUGAACUACUGCAAAAGUUAAAGCUGGAUGCAAGAAAGUGUUGCAGCAAAGAGCCUGCUCUAGAUAAGAUGCCAGCCUUCUCUUAUCUCAAAUGUACUUCCUGAAGUAAUCAAGGCAGAAUUAAGACAUGGAUUACUACAUAAAGCAUGGCAUGGCUCUAGCCACAGUAUUGUAUUUUACUGAAAAGCUUCAGGCUGUAGAUUCACGAGUACCUGUGUCCUGCCAGCAGCACUAGGGCCACAUGAAAGAAGAAAAGGCCUAGGAGCAACUAAACCUAAGCAUUUGUGUUCAUUUCAGGGUAGCUUGGGGUUAAUGCUGAGAGGCAUCUCCUUUUGCCUACCUUAUCAGGUAUCCUGGGCUUGUGGUCAGGCUGCUGGAGGAGCUGCCCUACAGACAGGAGCAGAGAUCACUGUGUUCUUAUGUUGCUUGGAAGGAAAGAAGCAGCAGAAAGUAGUUGCAGUUUCUCCCAAACUCAGUAGAGUUUUGGGGGUUUUUUUUCCCCAUACCUAUCCACUGUUUAACCAUAGCUAGCUCUUUACUGAUGGCUGAAGUUAAGUCAGAUGGGAUCUGAAUGGAAGAACUUGCAUUACCAUCUCCUUAAUUACCUGAGUUAAAGCAUCAACUCCUACCAUCAGCUGUCACCAGCAUCCACAGUUAAAUUAAUUAUAUGGUUGACACUGUCUUUGACCUUUAAUUCCUUCUGUGAUACUGCCAAAAGUGUUUGUUCUCUAGAUUCUAGUACAGUUUAGCUUUAUGAGGAAUGGUUUAAAAGCAAAGUAUUUCCUCUGUUAUUAACCAUAAGUUAUUAAACACUGUCAACAUACCUUAGAGUGAAACACUGCUGAAAUGUACUGCUUAGCAAUAAGGGAGGUGGUAAAUGUUUGACAAGAAUAAAUUUCUGCAAGGAACAGUACUGCUUGAAGAAAAUAGCUGAAUAUUCCUAAUUCAAUGCUAUUGCUCGAGGGCAUAGAGAUGGAUGUCUAAAAUAUUCAAUUACCAUCCUGCUGAUGAAUCUAUUUAUUUCAAAUCCAUUCUGAAAUUAUUUACUACCCUAAAAUUAUGAUUUGAAUGUUUAGUUCAUUCCCUUGGCAUAGAGAGGAAGCUCAAGUUGCUGGGAGGAGAGAGGCUAAAGUAAAUAGUUCAUUAUUUAAAAAAAACUUGCAUCCUGCUAACAGUGGGAAGAAAGAACUGAGAGUUUUUACUGACUGACAGUAACUUAGUCACUCUUUUCACACACUGCUUCCUGCCUUUGCCUAAACGUAUCUCAUCAGUGCACAUUUUCAAUGCAAGACUUUCCUGGUAGUGAGGUUACCAAAAUAAACUUUACUUAUCUAUGUGAAA